UCUGUACACGGGUUUUCAGGAAGUUAGCAGAUUAUCUGGCAGCCCUGCACGAAUCUGCAUAAAAUUACUUCCUAUCUGCUGUACUGCAGCUUGCAGUUACUCCGUUUCAGACCAAACCCGGCCUAAACUAAUGAACCAUGUGACAGAGGAACUAACGCGCGAUCAUGCGAUGGCCAAUCAUGCUUCUGCUUUGUUUCGGGAUUUAUUUUUGAAUCAGAUGAGUAAAAAACCUGACAUUGUUGCAGCAGCGCUGUGGAGUAAUAUUCCCUGUUUUUGUUUUAUUUUCUAACGCUUACAAUAUAAACAUGGAUUUAGAUUACUUUUUCCGUGGAAUUAGAGGAAACGAAGAUCGUUAUCUUCAGUCACUGGAGCAGAUUUGUAGAAAGUAUUCCGCUGAAAGAGAGGAUUCAAUCAUUGUUGACUUGGAAACUAUGACCUGCCAGACACCAGAUGGUAUACUGCCUUGGGACGGUGAAGUAGUAUACAGCAAAGAGUUGAAGAGAAAGAAGAAAUUAAUUGACAGGCAAAAGAAAUGCAAGGAUUUUCCUCCUGGGGAGACCAAGGAAGGGAGUGUGGAUGGUUCCUGUCAGUCUGCGAGUACCUCUGGAAAACAUGUCACAGAAAAGCUGAAGAAGGAUGCUGUUAAUGAUGAAGAGAUGAUGGGCAAUGACAGCAGGUAUUCAGAGACUGGACAAGAUUCUGCUGAUGGACUCUCUAUCCAGGAUUUACAUGAUGAGACUACAGUUUAUGACUGUGACAUCAGGAUAUCAGAGGACACCAUGGACAACAGCAACUUUCUUCAGGAUCUGCACAGUGAUGAAGAGAAAACUGUUAAUGAAGAUGACAGCAUGUCUUCUGAAACUGCACACGACUGUGUUGCUAGUAACCAGGAACCAUGCAGUGUUGAGACAUCAGGUGAUGACUACUUAAUGUUGGAAGCUAGUCAAAACCAAGCUGAGGAUGAAACUCUUGAGGGUCCAAGUGAAAUUGGUGGUGUCCUUUCAAUGGAUGUCGGGAAGCAAUACCGAGUCGAUGUUGACAUUUUGAUGCAAGAUGAGGAGGACCUGCCCGGCUAUGUUUUGGUUGACUGGGUGCAGAAAUCUCAACAAAGUCCAAACAAUUUUGAAAAUUCAAUGGGAUACCAUGGGGAAAGAAACAAAGAACAUGCCUCUUUCGUUGUCACACCUGUUAAAGCACCCAAUCGAUUGAAACCUUUGGAGGAAACAUUUGAUGUAACUAAUGUGUCUGGAUUGGAGAGCAGUAACAGUUCCUCUGAUUCUUUCCUGGCUGACCUGUAUCCAGGAAUGGUGGCUAAAAUGCAGAACGUAAUAAAGAGAGAGUUAACAGCACAUGCUGCAACUAACGUGUUAAAACAUUAUCGUAAAAACUCCUGGUAUAGCAAUUCAAAGUCUUCCUUUUCCAAGGGUCUAAUUCGGAGAAAGAAGUCUAAAAGUAAGCACAGCGAGACUGUAAUUCUACAAAAAGCUGAUCAUGCGUCGUCCUCUGAAGGCAUUGAUAUAGUUCAGUCCCCAAACCAGCUGGAUAAAGGGUCACCCGAUAGAACCAUGAUUGUAUCUUCAAAUGGCACUGUAAGUUCUCUUGGGGGACAUUUCUGUCCUAGGGAUUCCUGUCUAACCAGUUCUUCAGCAGUUUUUGAAACCAGUCCCCAUGUAGACUUCACAGGUUCUCUUGGACAUAAAUCCCUGAGUGAAACUAAGAUUGCAUCCACUCAUCAUACACCUUUAAGAGAAUCCAUUAAAGCCUGUCCAACUUCUCUGGGACAUGAACCCCUCAAUGAAACCUUGAAUGUUUCCUCUUUCCAAACAUUACCCAGAGGGAGUCCAUAUGUAACCAAUCCAUUUUCUUGUAAGUCGCCAAGUUCUUUGUCCAGUAAACCAUCAAGAGGGGACUCCUCUGAGGCUACAGCAAGUCCAUUUAGACAUGAAAUGGCCAGGAGAUCUCUUCUGUCAGCCAUGUCUAGUUCAGUCGCAGUUACACCAACAAGAGGCAAAUCCUAUGAAGCUUUUAGAGUUGAAUCACCAAGAAGGGAGCUGCUUUCUGCCAUGGAAAGUUCUAUGACUAUUACACCAAUAAGGAGGAGAUUAUGUGAACCCAUUCAUAGCUCUCUUGGGCCAGGGUCACUCAAUGAAACCAUGAUUCUUUCCCCAAAAAAGAAAAUGUGCAAUGCCAGUGAAAGUUCUGUUCAACUUGAAUCACCAAGAAGGUGUGUUUCUGCUAUGCCAAGUUCUUUGAUGGUUACACCAACAAGAGCAAGAUCUUUUGAAACCACAUCAAGAUGGGCACUUCUUUCUGCUAAACCAAGUUCUCCUGCAAUUUCACCAAGCCGAGGAAGAGCCUUUGUAGCGAUGCAGUAUUCUGUUGGUAAUGAAUCGCUAGGAAGUGAACCUUUGUCUGUUGCAGCUAAUCCAGCAAGAGAGAGAUCUUGUGUGGCUUCACAAACAACAAACUCUGCUGCUCUGGAAAAUGUGGUGCUAAGACCAAAAGGCGCUUGCCGUUUACUUAGAAGGAGUCAUUCAUAUUCGGGAUUAAGCCAGAAAACCAGUGGAGUGAACGAAGAAUUUGAAAGCCUUUAUGAAAGGCUGUGUUCCCCAAAAGAAGGCAGUGGUUUGCUAAAGGCAGCUGGUAGAAAUGAGCGAACAUUCUCUCCCAGUUUUAGAGCUGUGAAAAGACCAAGUUCCUGUUCUCCAUGUGAAGCCUUCACUCGAGUGAAAAGAGUCUGUGGUGAAUUUGAAGCAGUCAGUUCUAUGAAGAUUUUGCCUCAAAAUGGCAAUUAUCGCAUGCAGCAAAAAAACUCGCCAAAGUCAUCCCCCAUUAGGAGCAAUGUAGGGACUCUUCUGAGACAUCGCGUGGCAAGUGCUUGGGAUGCAAUGAAAUACACAUCCUCAUUAAGAAAAACCCACUCCUUUUCAAGCUUACAGCAUGCUGAACUCCAAACAAACCCAUUGGAGAUUGCUCAGAUACCUAAGAAUUAUACUUGUCUAGUUGGCGGUGGACAUAAGCAGUCUCCUUUGAAAGUGAUACAAGGUAAAGAUGGUAUAAUCUUUGUAAAGAUGCAGAACCCUGUAUCACCAACGGUUCCCUCUUCUAAACUCUUCUCAAGAGGGCAUCCAGACUGCUGACCUAUCUCUUGUCCUGUGUGGAAAUGUGGAAUAUGCCCUCCCAACUGAUGUGGAAAGUUUGUUUUAAAUCUGUGUUUUAAAUGUUUGUACAGUACCAACAUAAAUUCUGGAAACAGCAAACGAUUAAUAGCAAGUUUAGCUGUAUUGCCAAUUUUUCCUAACUCAGCUCAGACCGCUUGUUCCUAAAUGCUUUGGAUCUCUGAAUAAAUAAUCAUCUUCUCUUUAAAAAAAUAUGGAGAAGAUUUUAAUGAGCCUUCUCAAGUAUAAUAGUACCCCAAAAUGUUCUCCUUUUUGGGGAGUUUGUUGUCGGAUAACUUCACAGACUAUUUGCUCACUAAAUAUCUUGGUAUCCCUGAAAAGAAAAUUGUCUAGUUUUAGAUCCCACAAGUGUUGUGGUACCCUGAGACUGAUUGCGUGUUUUUAGUGGAGACAAGGAACUAUUUAGGGAUACCAAUAUAUUAAGUGAGGAAGUAGCCUGAGUGAGGGAGGUUAUCUGGUAACAACUCCCCAUUCUCAUUGGGAUUCCAUUCUACUUGAGAUGCUUUGAGCAUUCAAAUAUUUUGCAUAUUUUUAAAGGAGAUGGUUAUCUAUUCAGGGUGACCAAUAUGUUUUAGUAAGUGUGAGUUAGGGGGGAAAUGAGCAAUAAAGUCAUCACUCCCCGCUGUUCUAGAUGUUAAUUUUGUUGUUUCCAUAAUUUUGUGCCAGUACAAAGUCAUAGUUGUCCAGGUCAACUGGAAACACUUUGUCAUUCACUGACCUGUUUGUUUAGUUAGGUUUGGUAAUGACUAGUUUGUUUCUAUAUGUUUAAACGGAUUAUUGAAAAAAAAAAAAGUUGAACCAUUUAUAUGUGAGUGGUAACCACAGUGUUAAAGGUAGAAUGGAAAGGGUUUUUAUUAUUGUUAAUGUAUUUCUCACUGAGACUUGCUUUUAAAAAGUGUAGGCUCAUUAUCUGUGUGUUUCAAAUACAGUGGUAUAUAUUCCUGGUACCAAACUGCUUCCGGUAAAUCUGGUCUAAAACACAGGAAGUCAUCAGGAACUUAAUAUAGUGUGUUUAAAAAAAUAAAUAAAAAUACAACUGUAUUAAAGAGACAAACAAUCUGAGAGAUUCACCUGAAAAUAGGAAAUCUAUUGGAUAGAGUUAAGUGUUCACGUAUGAUCUCCACUACACCCCAUCACUGUGGAUAAUAAAGAUGUGGAUUUUAAUUAAUUGGUUAUUAGUUGCAAACCUUGUAAAUUAGUAGUUUUUAUUUUAAUUUCACACCAAAAGAUUAAAAGAAUAUAACGGUUUUCAAAAUGUUGUAUUUCAAAAGUUGCCUUUUUAUAUUAUAUAAAAAAAAAAAAAAAAAACUUCUUGUUUUUAAUGUUUUUGUAGCAUGUUAUUAUGUGGAAAUAAAAUUGUUUCCCUAAAGCUGUUAAAUCUGUUGGGUUCAUCAAGGUCUGAGAAGAUGCCAAGUUUUAUUAUAAGUCUUAUUUUUAUUAAAUACAUUUUAAUAAGACUGGCACGUGUGUAUCAAUUGCUUUAAUACCUGUACAAAUUCUAGUAUUAUACAAAUUUAGUUCUCAUCUGCAAAAAAAACAAAACAUAUUAUAGCCGUCCUGGUGGUACAACCUCUGUAAUGCAAGCAGUUGAAGUAGUGGGAUGGGUUUUGGAACAUGUGCUGCAUCUGCACAAAGGGAAAUAGGUCUUUCGCCCCUGUGGUUUAAGUUUGUUGCCUUCAUAAAUGUUCCCUGUUGUGAGAUGUUUUGGAUUAGUUUGUUAGUUUACAGGACUGUAAAAUUGCUUGUACUGUAUAUUGUGUGCCAGGUAUAUGCAUAUUUUCUCAUUAUUAUUAUUAUUAUUAUUUUAUUUUAUUUUUUGGGAGGGUGGUAAUUGUGAUCAUUCAAAAUAAAAAAUAAAAUAAUAAAAAUAAAAAAUAAACUACAAACUGCAGAAAUCAUGAAUUAAUUGAAUACAUUAGGGUGUGCCAGAAGAUAAUCUGCAACAUUACUUACCCAGGCAAGUCCAAUCAUAAUUAGUUUCAUGGGCAGCAGUGUGGAGUAGUGGUUAGGGCUCUGGACUCUUGACCGGAGGGUCGUGGGUUCAAUCCCCGGUCGGGGACACUGCUGUUGUACCCUUGAGCAAGGUACUUUACCUAGAUUACUCCAGUAAAAACCAAACUGUAUAAAUGGGUAAUUGUAUGUAAAAAUAAUGUGAUAUCUUGUAACAAUUGUAAG